AUGAUUACAAGAGAUUUUGGCACAUUUUUAAUUGCUAUUUUCAGCUUUUCAUUAUUCAAAGAUUCUAGUGGCCUAGAAUGUUACAUUUGUGAUGAUGAAAAUUUGGAUGAAGGCGGUGAUUGUCAUGAACAAUUCCGCUAUGAUUGUACUAGUUAUGCGAAAAAUUUUAAACCUACUGAAUUAAUUUUUUGUCGAACGAUGCGAAAACGAGUGAGCAAUGAUAGUUAUACGAUAACGAAGGAAUGUAUUAGCGAACAAGAUCACUAUCGAGUAUUUCCACUAAGGCAGUACUCAUUUGAUGAGGAGGAAUGUGAUUUCAUCGAGAUGGAUGGUAAUGAGUUAGCUUAUUGCUUAUGCCAAAAAAAUUUUUGCAACGCAAAAAAUAUUGUUGAUCAGUUCGUCGAUUUUGAAGAAAAACAUACUGAAAUUUUUGCUGCUACAGCUAAUGGUGCUAUUAUUGAAAAGCAUAAUGAACGAUUUCCAAUCACAUUGCAGAAAUAUUCAGUGCAAUUAAAUUAUCCACCAAUUCAAAAUAUUGAUCGAAAUGAAAUGAACUUUCGUUAUGAAGCAGCAAAAUCUGAACUAACUAAUGGACGAUCUAAUGAUAAGAUUGACGAGAUUGAUAAUGAUUACUUAAAUAAUCACUUCAAACCACAACAAAUAUAUGAUAACUCACGAUUAUCUUAUCAAAUGUCAAGUUUUCCAUUAAAACAAAAUUAUGAGCCAACAAUAUUUGCUGGUAAUAUUACAACGAAUUUUUCAUCUCUACAAAAUAGACAUCGUGAGGAAAUGAUUGAAGAUACUGGAAAAUUGAGGACAUCUGAACAAACCUCAAAAUUAUUUGGAGUUAAACAACAAAAUGCUGAUAUAAAUGAAAAUUAUUGCUAUAAUUGUGUGGAAAAAUUAGAUGAUCCAACAGAGGAUUGCUUAGAUGUAACAAUUGUUCAAUGUCCUAUUUCAAAAAUAAGUGGACGAAGUCAGAUGUGUAUCACUAAACAAUCACACAUAGCAGAUGAUAAUUUAUAUAAGUUGGAAAAACGAUGUAGCACGGAUAAUGAAGAAAAUGGAAUAAUAUUUGAUGAAAUAUCAGAAGGAAAGAUUGCUUGUAUGAGAACAUUAGAUGCUUCAGUAGCUUAUUGUUUAUGCAUGGGACAUUAUUGCAAUAAGGAUAGUUUGUUGAUACAGGCCGAGAAAUUAGCCCAAAGUCAAAGUGACGAUGAAAGUAAUUCGUUGAAGAAUUCAAUAUUCAAUGAAAAUACCAAUUCGAUUAUUUCCUCAACCAUUAUGCAUUCUCAAAUUAUAGCAAAUAAUCCCAUGCAACUUUCAACAGUAUCAUCGUUGCAAAAUUUGUUCAACAAAACGAAUGCCCAGUAA